ACUAUAUAUGGUUACGUCAUGGGGAAGGUUGUAGAGAUAGCGCAGGCAGUAGUAAUAUGAAUUAUGAUGUCUUGGAAUGACUACUCCAGGUUUCUCUCUACGCAACCCAACCCUGCUCCUCCUGUCCGUCGUGGUUCCAGUUCUCAAGGGACGUCACCGGUUGUGCAAAACGUCGGAGCUCGUACUGCAGCCUCGCCUCAGACGUCACACUCUCAAAACGACGGAGCUGAUGGAUCGACUCCUCCACCAACCAAUCCAAACUCUCCUCUGCAACCAUCUAAUUCAGCUACUCAAUCAGCAACUACGCGUCUCAACAAUCUGACAAUUGAGGAGCUACUUGAGAGUCCUGGGCGUCAGUCUCUCACAAGACUAGAUCCAAAUCGUCCUCCGGGAACUCUCUGGUUUGAUAUUGAUGGUUCAGUAGCAGCUACUGUCCGAAGUAUUUUUGAAAGAGAUUUCAAGGAACCUCAUGCCAAUUGGACUCAGACUCCUGAACCAGUGAUUAAUCGUUGGUUUGAGACUUUUGCGCAAAUGUACAACUGGGACAGGUCAAUCAAUCAGAGAGUUAGAGAUGAGUUUGAGGACAAGUUGAAGGAUAGGAUGUCUGAUCAAGUAUCUCGAUGGAAGGCAAAGUGGAAGAAUAUAGGUGAUGAGGCCUGCCCAAAGUGGAUUGAUCCGACUGUGUGGGCAGGCCUUGUUCGUUUUUGGCGUGAUCCUAGAUCUGAAAGGAAGAGUAUCAACAGCAGAAAUGCCCGAUAUCAUGAUCCUGAUGGCACCGGUAUACAUAAACACCGUUCUGGCCAGACCUCUUACAAAGCCCGUGCCAGAAAGCAUUCUGAGAAGACCGGUGAUUCAACUCCAGAUCUUCUGGCAGUUCUUGAACAGACUCAUCGCAAACCUGAUGGGUCCUUUGUUGAUGGCAAAUCGGAGGAGCUAUUCAAAGAAGUGUCAUCGAGGAUAGAGGAGCAAGAGUCUCAGCUAUUCUCAGGGGAUAAUAUGGAAAGCAGUGCUUCUGGCGGGUUGUCUGUUCAUGCCAAGAACAAAAUUUAUGCUGAGGUUGCUCCAAGGAAGAAAGGCAGGCUAUAUGGGGCUGGAUCAUUGCAGCAAGAGGCAUCUUCAGCCAAUACUGGGCCAAGUAGUGAGGACCCGGUGGUUCUGUCGCAAAAGCUGGCCCUCGCUCAAGCUUGUAUUGCAACUCAGGCAGAGAGGAUGCAUAGCUAUGAUGCGUAUUUUGAGUACCUCGCCGAGAAGGAUCCUGAGUUUGCUGCCAAGUUUAAACAGGGAAACCAGACCGCCACUACAGCUGCGAUCGGAACUGAAGGUACCGAGACUGGAACCGGUGCGACUGGUGCGAGUACCGAGACUGGAACCGGUGCGACUGGUGCUGCGAUCGGAUCCUCUUCUCCAUCUGCAGCCUUUUAAGCUUAUAACCUAGAAUGUUUUUUGGU